AUGGCUACUGCUACUCCUUUGCAAGAAACCACUCCUUUAAACGGCUAUGUCGGUUUUGACACAAUCACUCAGCAAAUAGAGAAGAAGUCUCUUAAACGAGGCUUUCAAUUUAACGUCAUGGUUGUAGGUCAAACAGGACUCGGUAAAUCGACUUUGAUCAAUACAUUAUUUGCUUCCCACCUUAUCGACAGUAAAGGAAGACAUAAUGUGGAAGACGUGACUAGACAGACAACAGAAAUAGAAGCUGUAUCCCAUGUCAUUGAGGAAAAUGGUGUUCAACUGAGAUUAAAUAUAGUAGACACACCAGGUUAUGGUGAUCAAGUCAAUAAUGAAGGAUGUUGGGAGCCAAUCAUUAAAUAUAUCAAAGACCAACACUCUGCUUAUUUGCGUAAGGAACUGACAGCACAACGUGAAAAGUUCAUUCAAGAUAGUCGAGUUCAUUGCUGUCUUUAUUUUAUCUCACCUUCGGGUCAUUCGCUGAAGCCAAUUGAUAUCAUCGUUCUUAAACGCCUAGUCGAAAUUGUCAACGUUGUUCCUGUAAUUGCUAAAUCGGAUUCGAUGACAGUCGAGGAACGAGCUGCCUUUAAGCAAAGGAUCAAUGCAGAAUUGGCUUUUCACAAUAUUCAGCUUUAUCCUUAUGACGAUAGAGAUUAUUAUGAUGAAGAAGAACAAAUGUUGAAUGCGAGUGUUCGAGAACUGCUUCCUUUUGCUGUUGUAGGCUCUGAAAGACAGGUAGUUGUCAACGGAAAAGCUGUUCUUGGCCGUAAGACGAGAUGGGGAACGAUCAUUGUCGAGGACGAAAAUCAUUGUGAAUUUAUUCAUUUACGAAACUUUUUGACCAGAACUCAUCUUCAAGACUUAAUUGAAACUACUUCCUUAUUCCACUAUGAAACCUUCCGUUCUAACCAACUGAUGGCUAUCAAGGAGUCUGUCAGUCCACAGUCGCCUGCUUCACCAUCUGUUCCUGCAUCUAAUUCGCCCAGUUCUCCCGUCAGUGCUACUUCAGGCACAAGCCAUGGUGGUCCUAUACCAGCAAAGUAA